GCAGUGCAAUGACUCGAAGAAAACGAAUAACAGACCCGCACACACCAUCCUUCACUCCUUCUCUCUGUGUGUGAAGAUUGAACAACAGAACCAGCAUGAACGACAAUCAAAAAUCACUAAUCCUCAACUCCUCGUCUCAGUACCCACUUCCUCAAGGAGUGAAGUUAUCAUAUGGUACAGCAGGGUUCAGAGCAGAUGCAUCAAUCCUGGAAUCAACAGUAUUCAGGGUUGGGAUAUUGGCAGCUCUUCGAUCUUUGAAAACCCAAUCACUGACCGGGUUAAUGAUCACCGCUUCUCAUAAUAAAGUCAAUGACAAUGGUGUCAAAAUCGCUGACCCCAGUGGUGGCAUGCUCACUCAGGAAUGGGAGCCCUUCGCUGAUGCCAUUGCCAAUUCCCCCACUCCACAACAUCUCGUUCAGUUAAUAGAUGAAUUUGUGAAGAAGGAGAACAUCCGGUUUGAUGGAGUGCGGUCUGCGGAGAUAUUGUUGGGAAGAGACACGAGGCCUAGUGGUGAAUCACUCCUUGAAGCUGCUAAACAGGGUGUCUAUUCAAUCGUUGGAGCUACUGCCACUGAUAUGGGAAUUUUAACUACUCCCCAAUUACAUUGGAUGGUUCGUGCUAGAAAUAAGGGCAUGAAAGCGACUGAACUUGAUUACUUUGAACAGCUUUCAAGCUCAUUCAGGUGCUUGGUUGAUCUGACUCCAAAUCAAAUCAAAAUGAACAACACAGAUGACAAGUUAGUUGUGGAUGGGGCUAAUGGUGUGGGUGGAGAAAAACUUGAAGUGUUAAAGAAGAUGUUGAACAGCAUGGUUAUUGAGGUUCGUAAUUCUGGAAAAGAAGGAGGUGUACUUAAUGAAGGAGUGGGUGCUGAUUAUGUGCAGAAAGAAAAAGUUGUUCCACAAGGAUUCUACUUGAAAGAUGCUGGGAUUAGGUGUGCAAGUUUGGAUGGAGAUGCUGAUCGGCUUGUUUAUUUUUCUGUGCAAUCAAAUAACGCCAGCAAUAUCGAUCUUGUUGACGGGGACAAGAUACUAUCUUUGUUUGCUUUGUUCAUCAAGGAGCAACUAAGUAUUCUUAAAAUGGAAGGGGAUAAUCAUGUAGAUGAAAAUUAUGAAGCUCGUCUUGGGGUUGUACAAACAGCUUAUGCAAAUGGAGCAUCCACAGAUUAUCUCAAACAGUUGGGCUUAGAAGUUGUGUUUACUCCUACGGGAGUGAAAUACUUGCAUGAGAAAGCUGCUGAGUAUGAUAUUGGGAUCUAUUUUGAGGCCAAUGGCCAUGGCACCAUCCUGUUCUCGGAGGGCUUCUUAUCUUGGUUAGAUGCCAGAAAUAAUGAGCUCUCCAAAUCUAAAGGUUCAGAACAGCAAAAGGCUGCUUUGCGACUAUUGGCAGUUAGUAACUUGAUCAACCAAGCUGUUGGGGAUGCUUUAAGUGGUUUGCUGUUGGUAGAAGCCAUUUUACAAUACAAGGGAUGGUCAAUACACAACUGGAGUGAGCUUUACCAUGACCUACCAAGCAGGCAGCUUAAGGUUAAAGUCGUGGACAGAACUGCUGUUGUUACAGCAAAUGCUGAAACUGUGGUCGUGAGACCCCCUCUCAUUCAAGAAGCCAUCAACGUUGAAGUUGCAAAAUACCCUCGAGGGCGAUCAUUCAUACGGCCAUCUGGAACAGAGGAUGUUAUACGUGUAUAUGCAGAGGCAUCAAUCCAAGAAGCAGCAGACAGCCUUGCCAACUCCGUAGCGAAACUUGCGGACCAGUUCCUCGGAUUAGGCAACUCCGGAUAGGCAGAUGGUCUCUGCUCUUUAACUCUUUUCUUUAACCAAAAUGAUGACAUUGUCACCCUCAGGAUUCUCAUUUCACCAACUUUAAUUACAGAGUUCAUAUUGUUUAUCACAUUUAUAAUUGUGGAAUGGAAAAAUUGUAGCAUUUUCACUGGGCUGAA